GUAUUGGCCCCUAAUAUUCCAGCUAUGUAUGAGCUACAUUUUGGUGUUCCAAUGUCAGGGGCUGUUCUCUGUACUUUAAAUACACGUCACGGUUCAGCAAUGGUUUCGGAGUGUGUUCAUCCAUCACCUCACACUGAUCAUAGUUCUUCCUCUCCUGGAAUGUUGUUCUAUGAAGAUCUUAUAGCUCAAGGGAAUCUUGAAUUCGAGGUGAGAAGGCCAAAGGAUGAGUGUGAUCCAAUCUCACUCAAUUACACUUCUGGAACUACAUCAAGUCCUAAAGGUGUCAUCUAUAGCCACAGAGGUGCUUAUCUUAAUGCCUUGGCUACAGUUCUUCUUAAUGAGAUGAGGUCUAUGCCAGUGUAUUUAUGGUGUGUUCCCAUGUUUCAUUGUAACGGAUGGUGCCUCCCCUGGGGAAUUGCUGCUCAGGGUGGCACCAAUGUCUGCCAAAGAAAUGUAACUGCUGAAGGGAUAUUUGACAAUAUCUUUAACCACAAGGUAACACACAUGGCUGGCGCACCUACAGUCUUGAGCAUGAUAAUAAACUCACCUUCUGAAGUCCGGAAGCCACUUCCAGGAAAGGUGGCAGUGAUAACCGGUGGUGCUCCACCGCCACCGGAUGUGUUUUCCAGGAUGGAAGAACUAGGAUUUAUUGUGGCUCAUGGAUAUGGUUUGACAGAAACUUAUGGUGGCGCAACAAUUUGCACAUGGAAACCAGAAUGGGAUAGCCUACCUCGUGCAGCACAAGCAAAGAUAAGGGCUCGUCAAGGAGUGCAGCAUCUUGGAUUGGAACAAGUUGAUGUAAAAGAUCCUCUGACAAUGAAGAGUGUACCAGCUGAUGCAAAAACUAUGGGUGAGGUGAUGUUCAGGGGAAACACUGUGAUGAAUGGAUAUCUGAAGGAUCUGAAAGCAACACAAGAUGCAUUUAAAGGUGGAUGGUUUAGGUCUGGUGACUUGGGAGUAAAGCAUCCUGAUGGUUACAUUGAACUUAAGGACCGCGCAAAAGACAUUAUCAUAUCUGGGGGAGAAAAUAUCAGCUCCAUUGAGUUGGAAGGUGUGAUUUUUAGUCAUCCAGCAGUUGUUGAGGCUGCUGUCGUUGGGAGGCCUGAUGAUUACUGGGGAGAGACACCUUGUGCAUUUGUAAAACUUAAGGAGGGUUAUAUUGCUACGGCAGAGGAAAUAAUACAAUUCUGUCACAAGCGUUUGCCUCGCUAUAUGGCUCCUCGGACUGUGGUGUUUGCUGAUCUGCCAAAGACAUCAACUGGCAAGACACAGAAAUAUGUUCUGAGGGAGAAGGCAAAGGCCAUGGGAAGCUUGUCUAAGAGGAACACUAGCCGAUUGUAAAUCACAUUUGAAACAAAAGGAAAGAAACUGAAUGCUUAUCCUUAAUGCUAUGUACUUUCUUGUUGUAAAUUCAUUUUCAUAUGCAUUUAGUAUUUGUCUCUUUUCCAUGAAUGGAAAACAUGCAGAAACUCAACUGAACAUUUGAACUUGA